CGACUGCGGGGUGCAUCAAAGUUGUGGUAAGCAAGAAUUAGGGUGUUGUUUUGAGUUUGUUGUCGUGGUAAAGAGUGACCUCAAGAAUGACCAACGACAUUGGCAGAAAAGGAUGUUGUAUCUAAGUGAGCCCAUUGUUGUUCCAAGUGAUUCUCAAAUGCAAGCAAAUGAGAUAGAAAGUCCGUCAUAG